CCCCGGAUAUCCACAGGUGUCCAGUCUUCACUCACAUUUGUCUUUAGUAGCGAGCUCUGCGUGUCUCGAUGUGUCUUUCUUUCUGUGUGAGUGUAGUUGAGGUUUGGCUGAGGAUGCCAUGGAGAGCAGCCAUCAGCAUUACGCUCUGUAAUGAAGAGAGAACUGAAUCCACAAAUGUUGAACUCUGCCCAAAAUCCUUUUUACAGAUGCUGAGAGCAGCCAGCGUGGGAAUGACUACACAGAGGAGUGUUUAUAGAGACCUGAUAAGCUGACCUGAAAUUGUUCUCUAAACUUUCAUGAAUUAUUUAGCCGCUCUUAAAAUGAAUCUAGGAAGUUUAUAAAACAGAAAGCUUACAGAAUGAUUACAGAAGGAAUUUUUUGGACAUGAAAGCAUCUUAAUUGCAUCGUAUCCCCUGUCACCCGACAUACACACAGAACGAUAGCCAUCUGCGGCAGCACUGGGAGGCACCUAAAGGGUCCAUACGCUCUGCCUGCUAUUACGGAGUGAGGAAAAAAGAAUAGGAAAAGUGAAAGACGGAGAAAACAUUUCAUAAAGGACAUGAGCAGAAUGGUCCUUUGGAGGGGGGAGAUGAAGUGUUCUGCUCUGGAAUGACCUCCCACACACACUUGUGUGGUUUCUAUGGGGAUUUCUGCAUAGCCGCACUCUUCUGGAUGGAAGGAGUUGGAUUUCCGUGCCAUCGGAUUGCUCUGCUGUGAUUGGUCAGUUUUAUUCGGCUGCCACACUGCCGCUGGUCAGAAUGCCAGCAAAAGGGAAAUACUUGCUGAACGAGCAGAAGUUGAAACAGGAAGCGCUGUACAGAAAAUUUUCUGGCAUUAGCCAAUAUCAGCCGUUCGUUCUGUUGCUGGGACUGAGCAUGCUCACAUGUGCUACACUGCUUGUGUUCUUCUUCAGCCUAAAACUGAACGCACACGUUCAUGGGGCAUUCGUGGGCGUUGUGGGAGGAGCAUUGUGUUUGUUCUUGGCUGUAUUUGUAUUGGUGUGUGCAGAGACCCUCUCUCAGAGAUGGAGAACUUUGCUUGGCCUCGCUGUGUGGUCCACACAUCUCACAAUGGGCUUCACCUUUAUUUACAGCGCAGACCAAAUACUACCAUGGGACCAGGUGCCCUUCUUCCUCUUCAUCAUCAUCACAGUUUACACCAUGCUGCCAUUUCAGAUGAGCUAUGCUGUAACUCUGAGUAUCAUCUCCUCUCUGUCUCACAUCAUUGUUCUGUCAGUGCACCUCACAGUGAUCCAGAAGGACGUCAGGCCUAGACAACCCAUAACCAAUCAGCUGUUGUCAAAUGCAGUGGUGUUUGUUUGUGGAACUGUAGUUGGGGCAUUUCAUAAGGUUUUGAUGGAGAAAGCUCUUCGGCAGACGUUUCAGGAUACUCUCCGCUGCCUUGGCAUUCGCAUGAAACUGGAGAUUGAAAAGAGACAACAGGAAAACCUGUUACAGUCAGUGCUUCCUGUAUACAUCUCCAUGAAGAUGAAACUGGCCAUAAUGGAGCGCUGCAAAUGCAAAGACAAAGAGGAACAGCAGCGUAUGGUGCGAGACAACAACUUCCACAGUCUCUAUGUGAAAAGACACGAGAACGUCAGUAUCCUGUAUGCUGACAUUGUGGGUUUCACACGUUUGGCCAGUGACUGUUCUCCCAAGGAGCUUGUGAUCAUGCUGAAUGAACUUUUUGGAAAAUUUGACCAGAUUGCAAAAGAGAAUGAGUGUAUGCGAAUAAAAAUUCUUGGUGACUGUUAUUACUGUGUGUCUGGCCUGCCCGUUUCUCUGCCAAAGCAUGCCAAAAACUGUGUAAAAAUGGGCCUGGACAUGUGUGAAGCCAUCAAGCAGGUGCGGGAGGCAACAGGUGUGGAUAUAAACAUGCGAGUAGGUGUGCACUCUGGAAACGUCUUAUGUGGUGUGAUUGGCCUACGGAAGUGGCAGUUUGAUGUGUGGUCACAUGAUGUGACCUUAGCCAAUCAUAUGGAGUCUGGAGGGUUACCCGGCCGAGUUCACAUCACGGAGGCGACUCUAAAGCAUCUGAACAAAGCGUAUGAGGUGGAGGAGGGGAAUGGUCACCUGAGAGACCCCUACCUUAAAGAGCUCAACAUCAAGACUUACCUGGUCAUAGACCCACGGUCAAAAGAAUCAUCGCUGAUGGCUCCCAGCGUUACUAAGCCUCGUGUGAGCGACGGUUUGAAGAUGCGAGCUUCUGUGCGGAUGACACGCUUUCUGGAGUCGUGGGGGGCCGUAAAACCCUUCGCUCACCUGCAGAGCCGAGAGGAAUUCAGCGCAGAUGCCAUGGUCAAUGGCAAGGGUCGCUGCAAGGACAUCCCUCUUCGAUCAGUACCGACCAAAAUUACAGAAAGGAAUAAAUCUCAGAAGACGAAGUUUGAUGAAGAACUUCACGACAAGAUGACCACCACCAUCAAUGACCUGAGCUCCAGCAAGCAGUGGGUGAACUCUGAAGAGAUCUCUGGCCUUACGCUGUGGUUUACAAAAAGAGAUCUAGAAAAGCAGUACAGGACUAUAGAGAUGCCAAACUUUAAAUACUACAUUGGCUGCGCCACCUUCAUCUUCAUCUGCAUCUUUAUCAUCCAGAUGUUUGUUACCCAACAGCGUAAAGAGCUGGGACUGGCAUUUGCAGUAUUGGCGUGUGUUCUUCUUUUGACCCUGUGCAUCUGUUUUGCAGGUCAUAUUCAGAGAAUGUUUCCAGAGAAACUGAAGUCCUGUAUGUGGCUGUCGGCUCUAUCGGAUGCAGUGGUAAAGAGGCCUUUUGUGCGCCUCCCAUUGGCAACUUUUGCUACCGCAGUCAUAGUCAUCCUCGCCAUGUUCAACUUGUAUUUUAAAAAGACAGAUUUAUGUGAUACUCCAAGGCAAAAUAACAGCAAUGUUUCGGAUUCUUAUGUGGAUGAUCUUUCAUAUUUGCCUUACUCAGUAUAUAAUUGUAUAUUGGCGUUGAUCGCCUGUGGAGUGUUUUUGAGAGUGAGCUUGGAGCUCAAGGUGGCCUUCCUCUUCAUCGUCUCUACUGUUUACUACAUCAUCAUUCUCUACUCUCAGGAGAAUCUCUUCCACAGCUACAAAUGCCUGCAUUUCACUAACCACAGCGGUGAGGACGACAGUCUUAUACUGUCCAAAUUAGGACUUAUGAAGCACCCACAACACAUGAGCUGCAUCUACAUCACACUCUUUCUCUUUACCAUGCUGCUCAUAUCCCGCCAGAUUGAGUACCGCUGUCGUCAGGACUUCCUGUUGAAGAACAAGAACCAGGCUGAUAAGGAAGAAGUGGAGCUAUGCGAAAACCUGAACCGCCUCCUCCUGGAGAACGUUCUCCCUGCGCAUGUGGCUGCACUCUUUGUGGGGGAGAACAAAAAGAAUGAGGUGGGGCUGCUGUCCACUAUCUCUUUACUAAACCAGAAAUACAAGGACCUCUACUAUAAGUCGUAUGACUGUGUAUGUGUGAUGUUCGCCUCUGUGCCAGACUUCAAAGAGUUCUACACUGAGUGUGACAUCAAUAAAGAAGGACUGGAGUGCUUGAGGCUCCUCAAUGAGAUCAUCGCUGACUUUGAUGAGUUACUAUCAAAACCUAAGUUUAGUGGUGUGGAGAAGAUUAAAACCAUUGGCAGCACAUACAUGGCUGCUGCAGGACUGAGUGGACCUCCUGAGCAGACCAACCAGGACCGUGAGAGGCAGCAUGCACAGAUUGGAAACAUGGUGGAGUUUGCCAUCGCUUUAAUUGGCAAACUGGAUGGCAUCAACCGACACUCAUUCAACACGUUCAGGCUUCGCGUGGGUAUAAACCACGGGCCGGUUAUUGCCGGGGUGAUUGGAGCCAGGAAACCACAGUAUGACAUUUGGGGAAACACUGUGAAUGUGGCCAGCCGGAUGGAAAGCACUGGAGAAAUGGGCAAAAUACAGGUGACUGAGGAGACAUCUGAUGUCCUGCAGAAGCUGGGUUACUCAUGUGAGUGCCGUGGCCUGAUAAACGUAAAGGGCAAAGGAGAACUCAAAACCUUCUUUGUGUGCACAGACUCCAGCAAACAGCAGGGCAUGGGUCUGAGCUGAGACUCCCACUGACAGAUCCACACACACACAGACUCCGGACAUAUAUGUGAUCUUUAGUUUAAUGUUUUAUUGCUACUGGAUAUGUUUUUAUUAGAGCAUGUCUAAAGAACUGCACAUUCUCUGAAGUGUUCGCUUGUUUUGACAGCAUGUGAAGAGCUGACACUUUCAGACACAACCAUCUUGCAUUAUAUACAUUCAAGUAUUUUACACAUGACUAUCCUCUUGUGGGAAACAGACCACGAGACACUGGGUAACUGAGUUCGCUGAAGGAAAACUCAUUCCCAGUAUUACUUGCAGACUUUCUGGGUACUGCUGUCAGUGUGCCCUUGAUCCAGUUGGAUUUAGACUGAUUUGGGAUGACUGAGUUUUGAACUUACAUACACUCUCAUCUGAGACUCUCAUGGACCAACACAUGACCCACACAAACCAAUCAAAGAUAAUAGCAAAUGUGAAAACAUUUAGAAUUUCUUCCAUUGUUUGAUCUUAUUUUAAAACAUUUUGUCAAGCUCAAAUAGUUGAAUCUACUAUUUGCAUUCCUUUCUAGCAUUUUCACAAGGCCAAAUGUUCAUGCAGUGCUCUCUUGCAUUGAUUUGCUGUUGCAUUGAUUGUGGAGGUUGGAUAUCAGCCUUCGCUGGCUUCAUAAUUUCUUACAGAUGAAACUAUCAAUGAAUGUUUACUUCUACAUAGACAAGAAAAAGGAACUUACUGAUAUACAAAUCUUUUAUCGCUUCAGGAUUAACUUAAAGCAGUGGUAGGUAAUGUUGUUCAUAAAAACAAAUGUGUUAUACUAAUUGAAAGUCUCUUUACAUCAAUAAAGUUAUAUAUGUGGUUUUAUAUUUUUUUGUAAGUAUCAGAACCACAGAAAGUUUGUUCAAUCAUUGCAUUCAGUCCAAAAGGAGGGUGGGAUAUUUUUCCCUUUUGUCUUCGAAGCUAGGUUGCUAUUUCUAGCUACAUGAAUCAUGUUUAAAUCAUCUCGACUCUGAAAUUCUGACCAAAAGGCUCUGUGACUCCUCCCAUUUGAGGUUGUAUAUUUGCUAUUCGUUGUAUUCAAACAUUUUGCUGUGCAUCUUGGUCACGUUGUAUUAGUUUUGCUCAAACUGUGUAAAUGUUUCGUGAAGGUGCCAUGUGUUUGGAUUCCAAUUCGUGUUUUAUGAAGCCUUAGGUUUAACUGUUCAAAUGAGAUUUUAAGACAAUCGUAUGUGCCUCUGAUGGUUUUAAGCUCUCUUAGUGACCAUAACAGUAUGACUGAAUUGACAGCUUUCUGUACCUCGUCUGCAUUGUUUAUGAGAAACAUGACUGCGAUCUCCAUUUUGUACGCAAUGUCACAGAAUAAAGUUUACACUUUCUAUGCUU